GUGGUGGGGCUAGCAGGCUCCCUACCUGGCUUCACACUCCCCCCACCCCCCCAGCAGCAGCAGAGUUUGGGUGUGGGAGGUGGCAGAGGGUUGGGGCCCAGCCAAUGGAAGCUGCAAAGCCAGCACCCUGGACGGAGGCAGCGCACAGACUACCUAGCCAUACCUCCGCCUAGCAGCUUACGAGGGAGAUGUCACUGCUUCUAGGGAGCCCCCAGCGCCAUGAGUAGGAAGACUCACCUGGAAAAGAAUGACAACAUCUCCUCCAGGUCUUGCAAACUGGUGGGCUCCAUUUUGCCUGAGAAAGAGUUCCAGAACCAGAUGAGGCCCAGAGAACCAACAUGAGACAUGGUACGAGCAGCUGUGCUGGAACACACAGAUAAACGCGUAGACUCAAGUGCCCACAUGAUCACCACAGCAAGAGUACCUGCUGAUAAGCCAGUCCGAAUUGCCUUCAGUCUAAAUGACUCCCCAGAUGAUACUCCUCCUGAAAACACCUUUCCUUUGGCUUUUCCAGAACUAGAACAGCAACUUCAGCCUCUGCCUCCUUGCCAUGACUCUACGGAAUCUAUGGAGGUGUUCAAACAGCACUGCCAAAUAGCAGAAGAAUAUCAUGAGGUCAAAAAGGAAAUUGCACUGCUGGAAGAAAGAAAAAAGGAGCUGAUUGCCAGACUGGAACAGGCAGAAAAGGAGAGCAUGGAUGCUGCUCAGCUGACUAAGGAAUAUGCAGAACUGACAGAGGAGAAUCGGACAUUGAAACUGGCUCAGACGCAGUGUGCAGAGCAACUGGAAAAGCUUAGAAUACAAUACCAAAAGAGACAGUGCUCUUCAUAACUCUCAACUAGCCAAUAAGAGGCAGUCAAAUCCAGUCUUUGUUUUGUGCUGGCCAAGAGGUUUUAAAAAAAGGUUCUGUUGUAACACUUCACUAGAAAUACAGAAUAUAUAAAAGUCUAUAUUUGAUUUAAUGCUUGCCAGCCGGUAGCUUAAUAUAAUGGAUAUUUUAUUUCAAGUAACAUAAUUGAAGCUAAUCUAGCCCCAUUGUAUGUUCUAGUAGAUCAGAUUUCUUUUCUAAAGAUAUUUCUUCCAAUUUAAGAAGAUAUGGACACACUAGAAACUGAUAUAAAUAGUCUCUAUGUUGGGAGUUGGACCAUACUAAGUCGUACAGCAGGGGCAGUUUUAAUAUAUGGAACACUGGAACACACUCAUGUGCUUCUAUUUUAGUUUAGUUUCCUUUUUCGUUUUUAUUUUUGUCAUGCCUAAAAUGUUUGGAAAUUGUCCUAAAUCUAAUCGGGCUAUGGCUCAAGAUUAUGUUCCAAGUAUCUGGCAUGUUGAUAAUGUCAACUUUAGGUUGUUUUAUAAAUUCUCAUUUUUUAAAAAAAGUACUUUCAUUAAAAUAGCACUAACUGAUCAUGUUAAUCAAAGAAUUAUAUUGCCAGUAAUCAUUUUCAAGUUAUUAAAUUGUGAAGAAACAGAUAAGAAAGUUUUCUUUCCACUGCCAUAUACUUGGCUAGAAAUUCUUUUCUUUUUAAAAUUCAUUUGUACUUUUUGGCAUGCAAGAAAUGGAAAAGUAAUGUAUGGACACUACAGUGGUGAAUAAAUAAGAAUUUAUGGUUGCUAAUGGAGAAUACUUCAGUAAAAGUACCAUAUAUUUUGUUUUUAUUUUGUAGGCUGUUUUGGAACAGAAAUGACUGAGGGUAGAUACUAAGCAGUUCAGUGAUAUAUGAAUAACUGAGAGUUAAAAUGUCUGUUUUUCCUUGCUCUACUUAUCACUGUAUUUUCCUAAAUCAAUUGAAAAUCCUUUGUUAUACUUCCAUUUCUAUUCAUACAGUAUUUUUUUCAUUAAAAGUGGAUA